AUGUCAACGAGAUCAUCCAUUCGUAGUCGAACAACAUCUCAUCCAACUCACUCGCAUUCACAUACUUCUGUAACAUCACUACCUUUACAACGCACUUCGUCUAAACCUGGAUCAUCAAGACCUGGCACACCAUCUCGUGGUGAUAUACCGACUAGUUCACGUAAACCCUCCUCAUCAUCAAAUCCUAUAAUACCAAACAAAUCACAAUCUCCCAUACUCCACUCAUCUCCUUUACCCACACCCAUGUCUGAACAACCGUCUACUCCAACACCACGCAAGACACGUCGGACGCCAAGAAGGGGUAACAAAGCUUCUAAUUCGAGAAAUGUACCGAAUGGUAGUGACCGUGCACCUGGACCUGAGCAGGGAUCAGGCUUACAUCUAGAUCAUGACGGUGAACAAGAACCUUCAUCAGAAGACGAAGUAAUGCUUUUUGACUUACUAGGAGUUUCUUCUCCUCAACCUAAAGCUUCUUCUCCAAGAAAAGGUGUCUUGAACCUCUCCAAAGAGGAUAUGGACAAUGCGCUAGGGAAAAAACCGAAAUCCCGUAAAUCAAAGAAGGAUAUCAUUGCCGACAAUGAAGGUGAUAUAACACGACAACCAAAUAUAAAUGGUUCACCUGCACCUAGUAAGAAAGGAGGAAGGAAUGUCAGGCAGAAGCAGGGGCAAAAUGGUGAUGAGAAGGCAGCGAACUCAGAAGGUGACCUACCUCAAGAAAGUAAGGGUAGGAAAGGCAGAAACGGGUUGAAAUCGGUCUCCAUGAUCAAUAGAGGCGAUAAUCUAGAGUCGGACAAUGAUGGAGAUUUGCUAUUCAAACCUAAACCUAAACAAUCCGGAUUAGGCGCUACUAAACCUAGAAAUGUCACGAAAUUUCAGUCCUCUUCCCAGAUCCCUUUGGUAGAGAGCGAUUCUCUCGAUUCUUUCGACACAUCAUCAUUGAGCCAAUCCCUUCCUGCAGGUGGUCUCAAUCUACCUCCAGCUACGAAGAAUCUCAAGCAAAAGAAAACUGGUAAGAAAGCUGGGAGUGAUGAUGAAAGUGCCGUCUGGGAUAUGCCCCCUGUGGCAGGAGGACAAGAAUUGACGUGGCAACAAAAACUGCAAGGAUCGGCCCCACCUUCAAGCGAGUCAUCACCUAGGAAGAGUAGUAAAUCUACUCCAUCGGAUAAGAAGAAAUCAAAUCGAUGUGUACCAUUUCAACAACAACAACAACAAUCUGUUUUACCAGCUGUCUCUUCACCACUGGUUCCUAGGCCGGUACACAACAGACGUGCAUCGGCAGAUGGAGUUCCCACAGCAACCAUCGGUCCUACAGGGAAUAGCGGAAAUGGGAGACUCAUAUCAGCGUUCGAUGGACAUAUCCCUUUCCAUACGGGGUAUAACGUUCAUCGAGCUCCUCAAACUCCGGCUAAAGGAGUCGCAAGUGCAAAUGGAAACAUGUCAACUAGUUUACUCCCUAUAGUAGGAUCAGGCGAAUUUCCCCGACUCCAAGGCCAAAGUCAAGGCGAAAGAAAGGGUAGUAUUACGGGAAGCGGAACUGGACCCGCACCUGGAUCAGCACCACCAAACUUGAAUGCGAAAUAUGCUGGACCAACAUUUCACAAUUCACCUAAUGCUGCUACUUUAUCCAAACCGGAUUUGGACGAUUUCUAG